CUGCAAGGGAUCCUUUAAUGGACAUACUGCAGUGGUGAAGGUGAUGAAAAGUGAUCUCUCUGCAUCCCCCGAGAUCAACAUUCUGAAGACAAUUAGCCACUCCAACACCAUCCGCCUCUCUGGGUUUUGCGUCAAUGAUGUCACACCACCUAUCUUGUUAAUGACUAUGCCGAGAAUGGUGCUCUCUCCGAGUAUAUUUUUUUCGCCCUGCUGCAACAAGAAACACUCACCUGGAAGCAGAGGGUUCAGAUAACGAACGAUGUUGCAGAAGCCCUCAACUACUCUGACCCUCCUUACAUCCACAAGAACUUGAAGACUAGCAAAACAUCCACUAGGAUGAUGACUUGCGAGCCAAGGUAACGAACUUUGGAUUGGCCAGAGGCCCAGAGCCUCGGUUUUUGAGGAGAACGGGAAUGGAGUUGGAGGAGCAUCACAAUUAACAAGGCACGUUGUUGGUGAACAAGUCAGAGAGCACCUGUAGCCGCCCACACCAAAUCCUCCGCCACUUGUGCUACAGUACUCGGAGAAAGUUGUGAGCUUUUUCUCUUUUCAAUCAUUUAGAUUUAGAUUGGAAGAAUAUAUUAUAUAGGGGACAGAGAUUAAAAUAAGGAGGGAGCAGAUGGAGGUUUGUGGGGGAGGCCGGAAAACGACGCGAAGUCUGCGGCUUGAUGCUUUUCUCCUCCUCCAAGCUGUGCUGUCUGGUUCCUGCCUGAAAAUAUUGUUUGGGAUUUAGCGUAUGAUUGCCGAGCUCUUCAACUCGCCGAUCUGGUGAAACUUGUUAUGGACAGAGCAGCAUUCGGCGGCGGAGGAGGGAUGUAUUCGUACGAGAAUGGAGUGGUGAUGACGAGAGACCCAAAGCCGCGGCUGAGGUGGACGGCGGAUCUUCACGAUCGUUUCGUUGAUGCUGUUACCAAGCUGGGUGGCCCUGAAAAGGCGACGCCCAAGUCAGUACUGAGAUUGAUGGGGCUGAAAGGUCUGACAUUGUACCACUUGAAGAGUCAUUUACAGAAGUACAGGCUGGGAGAGCAGCAGACAAAGAAACACUGCGACAACCCAGAACAGAGGACCAGAGAGAUUCAUACUCAUAAUGGAUCUUCUCCAUACAUACAUUUCAACAACCAUUCCUCAGCUGGUGGUGCAGCAAGUGCCACUUCUUCCAUUUCGUCCAGAGAUACUGCUGAGCCGGGCAGAGAGCUCCAGAUCACUGAUGCGUUGAAAUCCCAGGUAGAGGUCCAGAAAAGACUGCAAGAACAGCUCGAGGUGCAGCAGAAGUUGCAGGUGAGAAUAGAGGCACAAGGGAAGUACUUGCAAGGAAUACUCGAGAAAGCGCAGAAAAGCUUAACCACGGCGAUGACAAGCAGUGGGAAUGUGGACGUGGCGAGGGCUCAAUUAACCGACUUCAAUCUGGCUCUGUCCACCUUGAUUCACAACUUGAACGCAACAUCAGAAGAGGAGGAAGAAGAAGAAGAAAGGAAACACCACAACUUACAGCAGCAACAAGAAGAUGAAGCCGAUGGUAUGAAACAUCUGUAUAUUAACACUAGGGCUCAUCGUCACACGAAUUUGGGAAGUAGUUUCCAUGUGGAGGGAUCAUUGGGGGCACUUGACGAUGAGGAGAGUGAUCUCAAGUUGGAUAUGGAAGCUGGAGUUCAUUUUGACUUGAAUGCCAAAGACGGUGGUGGCAUUAGAAACACUCUUGUUUCUGCUAAUACUAACACUAUUAGUAACAGCCAUGGGUUUGAGUUGGAACUAAGGAUGCUGCCUUAUGGGUUAUCAUAAUCAAUCAUUUAUGAAGGUUGGGUGAAAAAUUACAGGGAAAGUAGAGAGAAUUUAUACUCCAAGAGUCGCCUAAUGCUAAUUGCGUUGUCCAAAAGUUCGUUCAUAUUAUAUACUGUGG